CGUUCGUUACUCACCAACUCCGAAAGCCAUUCGCGGUUGUCCGGAAAGCUAGUUUUGUUUUCAGCCAACCAGUUAUACCGUAAGUGACCAAAACGCUACUUUUAAACUAUAGUUUUGAAUAAAUUAAGCGGAAGUAUUUGGUGCUGAUACAAGACGCGAAGAGAGGAAUCCAUCCGAACUGACAGGUAGUUGGACAAUUACAGAAGUCUUCCUCCAAUUGCUAACAUCAGAACAUAUCAACGACAUGCUAACGCCAAAAUUUGAGAUGGAAGGAGAUGAAUGCAGCUUCCCCGCGGACUCAUCAGAUGACCACUCGCAAAGAGGAAGUGUUGCUUCUUCUGCCACACUCUCCCAUUCCCAAGAUGUGCUCAUCUACCUAUUUGGCGACAGCGUAGUGCACUUAUCUGUAGAAGGGCUCGGCAGUGUCACUGUAAUGGAGUUGAGCCGCUCUGUCCGAGAAGCACUUCAUGUUCCAGAGUGUGCUCAGGAUGCCUUUGGCUUUUGGCUGUCAUCUCCCUUGCUUGAGCUGCAAUUAAAAGCAAGGCAUCAACCAUACAAGUUGUGUCGCCAGUGGCAAGACUUGCUGUAUCGCUUCACUGAAGCAUCAGAAGACGACAUCUCACAAGAUGAGCCAUGUCUACAAUACCGCCGGAAUGUGUUCUAUCCCAAAUCUAAAGAGCUGCAGAUAGAAGAUGAAGGAAUACUACGACUGCUGUAUGAGGAGGCUAAAAGUAACAUCAUCACAGGAAAAUAUCCCUGCGAUCCCGAACACUCAGCCACUCUCGGAGCCUUGUCUCUUGCUAUUGAUGAGGGCACAGGCCUGGAUGGGCAGACAUUGACUACUACAAUACGAGAGAAGAAGCUGUCUUCUUUUCUACCAGCGCACAUUUCGAUUGGGGGUGGCGGUUUAUUCUCUACGCUGAGAGGAAAGUUGAGCCGUCAAACAGGGCUAGAGCAGAGCCUGUUUGAAGAAUACAGAAAGAUCAACACAUCUGCUGGAGACUCUCAGCAACACUCGAAGCUUCUUCACCAAUACCUCAGCAUAUGUCACAUGCUGCCUUACUAUGGUUGUGCUUUCUUUGAGGGGGAGAUUGACAAACCUGUCCAAGGUAUCCUCAAGAGGGGAAAACGCAAAUCUGUCAGCGUUGGUAUAUGCCUCGAGGGAGUCUAUGUGAUGGAUGUGAAAGAGAAGCACGUAUUGCUUGGCUUGCGCUUCAACGAGCUAUCCUGGGAUCACAGCUACCCUGAGGAGGAGGGCGAUUCACAUAUUCUGUGGCUUGAGUUUGAUGGCGACGAAGAUGGCACGCCAGUCAACAAGUUACUGAAGAUUUACUCCAAACAGGCAGAGCUUAUGAGUGGCUUCAUUGAGUUCUGCGUGGAGCUGAGGUCAAUGUCUGAGGUAGGAGCUGCGACAGAAACUGACGGUGAGGCAAGUCUUUCUCAACUAGCCUCUGGCCAAGAUGGCAGCAGCAAGAACGGACGUGGCGGGAGGCGUGGGAUGAUCCGUCGACAGGGCAGUGUCAUGUGCAGCCGGGUCCAUUCACUUCACACCAUCAACUAUGUGGACAAUGGAAAAGAGAUCAAAUGCUUAAAGCCAAAAAGAGCUGCAUCCUUUUUCACCCGACAGGCAUCCGCCCCCAUGUACUCUUCUGUGCAAGUGACAGAAAGCCUGGAGCAGGGUUAAACUCACCUGUAAGCACUGCCUCCUGCUCAAGCAAAGACCAAAACCAAACUUUUUACACUGAUAUAUAAAGGAUAACUUGGACUGUGUGGUAAUUUAUGAACAUACGAAGGACCAAGUAACAACUUGUAGUGUGAGCAUAUUUAUCUUUUGAAGUUUUGUAUAUUUUGCAGGUAAAAAGUGAUGGGUUAACUGAUAUGCCCAAAAGGUCUAACAUACGCAUUCAUAAAGUGACAAGCGCUAACAAAAAAACUUAAUAUGUUCAAGACAAGCCUUAUAGAAAUCAUCUGAAGCUGUUUGGCUUUUCUGCAUUGGUCUCGUGUUGAAAACAUCACAACAUAACAGUGGAACUACUACACAUUUUCCUGAAAAAGUGUAGCGCCCCCUUUGGGUUGUGCUUAAUAUUAUUUUGAAGACAUUCUGGCAUCAUUGUAAUAUUUACAGAUAUCAUCAAGGGACAACAGUUCACUGACUUAUGGGCAAUUGUGAUUUUAAGUCCUGUUGCUUGGUGGUGGCCAUGUUUAAAAAAAACAAAAAAAAAACGUGCUUGUCAGCCUCCCAAAGGUGUGUGCAUUUUGUGAUUUUUGUCAUUUCAAGUCAGUACAAUUUAUGGGGUCAAACAGCAGUGCCACCAUAUAUACAAACAUGGGUCUGUGUUUUGCCAUAUUUUCACCCUUUUGUGUACGAUGAUUCAAGAGUAGAAAAGUUAGUUGUCUAUUGUCCUAUUUUUUUUUUUUUAUGUGACUAUACCUCUCUUCCUUUGCACCUAUUGUGUCUCUCUGACAUUGCAAUUUAACCCACUAUAUGACGAUUCCUUGUCAAGAACUACCGGACAAAUGCUUUAUUUAACUUGCCAGUGCCUUUAUACGGUGAACGUCAACAGGGUUACUUACAUCAAAAACACGCUGGUUGAUUAGUGACUUAGAUUUUAACUUUUGUUGUUUGCUGACUCAGGCAUGUGAGAAUUUAAAUAAAUAUCAUAUCCUAGUUUGCAGUUGCAGAACAGCAGGGAAUUGAGAUUGCACUUUUUUCUGUUGGGGACAUUAAAGUUAGUCAAAAAUAGCACUACCGGUAUGCUGCUGUGAAACAUAGUGGGCUAAAAUUCUGCACCGUUUGUGCCAGUGAUUCACCCAUGUCUUAUUUUGGAAUGGUGUCACGCCAUAAACCUAAAAAGAAACCAUUUCGUUUUUAGUUCAAAUAAGCCAUUGCUUGUUUUAAUAGACAUAAUUUUUGCAAACUGAUUGAAAUAGCCUUGAAAUCGUGUAUCUUUCUUAAACAUUUGACCAUACCACUCUCUAAAAAAAUGUGUAAAAAAUACCACCACAUUGUUAGACAUCAACUGGAAUAAUAUUGUAACUUCAUGCAUAUCCUUUAAGCUAGUGGUUCUCAAACUUUCUUUAUUAAACCUCCCUUAUGAUGAAAACAAUUGUAUUGAUGAAAUUGAUAACGCUAAUAACUUUAGUUAUAACGGUGUUUAGAUUCAGAUCAAUUUGCUUUGCUGCCAACCAAUAAGAUACAGUGUGUCCAGUCUUUUUCCCCCUCCAGUUGAGAAACACUGUUUUAGCCAUACUGCCAUCCAUUACGUUCCCUAAUUCCCAUGCAACAAACUCAACACUUUUUACUUUUAUGUGAUCAUGUGAGGUUUCAAUAUGUUUGCUGUGGUAUAUAAACUACCCGCAAUCCAAUUUAUAACUAAUCCUAUGCAUGUCACAUUGUAGAAUAGGCAUUCCAACAUAUUCUUAAUGAUGCACUGUUUGUAAAUCUUAUCUCUGUCUUCUGUUUUUUUUUUUCAAUCUUAUCAGCUUUUACUAAAAAGUUUGGUUUGGUGUUAGACAAUAUCCUUUCCUCGGUUGUUAUGCAGACACGUCGAGUGCCUUUAUUGUUUUGUGCUUUUUUUGUAUUCAGAUGGCUGUUUAUAGUGCUCGGAAACUAUGAAUAGACAGGUUUUUUACUGUACUUUAUACUUCUCAUAUUGUGAUGUGAGUAUGUCAUUGACUAGAGGAAACAAAAUGUCUUUCUGCUGAGCAUAUUUGUCAGCAUUGCCUGGUGACAAUGUUUUAAUUUGCACUUCUUACAGAGUGAAUGAAUUAAAUGAGCAAAGUCGUAAUACAUUUCAGAGUGACUAAAUGUCUGGCUUUCAUCAAACAAUGCCUAACUUGUUAUUACAUGUCUACUUUUAGUGUUCAUACAAUAAUGUGUAAUACAAUCCUGAUUGAUUGAUUGAAACUUUUAUUAGUAGAUUGCACAGUUUAGUACAUAUUCCGUACAAUUGACCACUAAAAGGUAACACCCGAAUAAGUUUUUCAACUUGUUUAAGUCGGGGUCCACUUAAAUCAAUUCAUGGUAAUGAAGACGGACAUGAAAGUUGCUUUGUUUCAUUAUGAAUGCUACUGUGUGUGUGUGUGUGUAAUCACCAGUGCAGCAUAACAAUAGAAACGUUUCAAGUCAACCAAUUUGAGAAAGGCAGUCUUCUCACGCCAUCUUAAUGUUUCAUAUAUUCUUCUCACAUAUGGAAAAUAUCUUUUUUACUUUUAGUUUAUACAGUAUCAUAAAGUGUGUAUGACUGUUGGACAUCCUUACAUUUACCUAAAAACAACUCACUGAACCCCAGAUGUAUCAACACCACUGCAAUUGCAUUUUAUUCUUAACUAAUUUGCAAAUACCUUUCGUAGGGGUUUGUUACACUUUUUUUUUAAAUAUUAUCCCAGAUGCAGUAUUCAAAUAUGUUGUUCUUGUUCUUCUGUUGUUAAUCCUUGACCAAUAAAAGUUGCUUUAGUUA